CGUGAGGCAAAACACUGACAUUUUAUUGGUUAAUCAUCGCAAGCGCAACAGCCAAUCGGUUCCUUCACAGACGCGGUUAGCAGCCCCGGACUUCCCGUUCCUAUUUUCAAGCGCACCUGCCAGUUUCUGGGGAGGAUGUCGAGCUUUUUGUCGACGCUGUAUUGUUAUUAUUUCUUAAUUUUAUGGCUUCUCUCAAGUGUUAACUCAGGGGACCCGUGGACGCUUUUGCCGAGGAUGACGUUCACACGGGAAGAGAUCACACUUGAAAACGUGACGUUACCGGGAGAAAUACGCACAGUUCUUCUUUCGAGACGAGAUCACCGCACGCUCUUGGCUGUCGGGAAAAGCCAUCUGAUUUUUGUCAGCUUCCAGGAUCCUCCUAAGACUCCCGUGGAAAGAAAGUUGCUGUGGGCCGAGUGCACAGACACUGCAACGUCAUCGAGCGUUUGCAGCUACAAAGUGGUCUUGGCCCAUGAAAGGGAAGACGCCAGCCGAGUGUUUCUGUGUGGGACGGACGGAGCAGUGACACUGUGCUGCGACACGAAGCUGUCAGAGGUUCCUCCCACCUGCACGCCAGCUGACGACUUGGACCGCAUACGAGGGAGCAUUAGGAAUUUUGUCUUAAAGGAUGCUGAACAUUCUGUUCUUGUUGAAUCUGCAGAAGGUUCUGCGCUGUAUGUCACAUACUCCGGCUCCAAGGAGUACGUGGGGGUUCACAAGUUUGGGAAGUACAGAGUGGGACCAGCAAACCACGACAAAGAACAGCACUACCUGCGCUUGGUGCUGAGCAAACACAGGGACGAGCCUUUGCAGGACAAAGUGUACGCCUUCUACAAAGAGAGGAAUAAAGAUUUGAAUGUGUUCAGCAGCACGUGGCUUCCAUUUGUCUCUCAGUUCUGCUUGGCGGACAUGGGUGGACCCAAAAACAAUCUACAGUUCACCUGGACCUCUCAGAUGAGUGCCAGGCUCUUCUGUGGCGACCCAGAAAGCAAAAAACACUUCUUCGAGAUGGUGGACAUUGUCAGCGUGGAUGCAGAUCGAUGGCAGGACACCCGUAUCUAUGCGCUCUUCAGGAAUGAAUGGAACAUGAGCGCCGUGUGCGUGUACUCCGUGCAGGACAUCCACGACGUCUUCAGUAACUCUCCGUUCAAAGGCUCUGAAAACCAGGUGGACCGGCCCAGGGUGUGUGUGUCAGAGAGCACGUAUCUACCCCUGGCGGUCCUGAAGAUGACCAAGCAAAACUCUGAGAUGGAACAUUGGGUGAAGCCUGUGAAGAAAUCAGGCCCACUUCUCAUCAGCCACCACGUGUACACUCACAUCCAUGCUGACGCUGCGCUCACAAAGGAACACACACUUCUUUUUUUGUCUCGAAAUAGUGGAGGUGUGGACAAGAUGAUCCAUAAUGCAAGCAUGGCCUUCAUUGUCGCUGAAUACAGGCCUUUUACCCACAGAGCUCAUAUUGAUAGCAUCCUCCUUCAUCCCACCACUAAGAAUCUUUACAUCAGCUCUAGCGGUCAGCUAGUCCAGAUGGAUGUGGCCGACUGUACCCACUAUGGAAAUACAUGCGAGGACUGCGUGUUGGCGCGAGACCCUUACUGCAGCUGGGAUGACACCCGCUGCACUGCCGCAACCUCCAGCAGCGGUGAAGUGGUUCAGGAUGUGGACUCGGGAAAUUACCACUUGUGCUCAUCCUCUCAUCUCUCAAGCAAAGUGGUCAGUGGCUCAAGCGUGCCUGAGGUGGCAUUGGCACUUCCUCACGGGUCCCAGUACUUACUGAAAUGCCCCUUGGGGUCCCGCCACGCCCACUACAGCUGGCAUCACAGUGGCAGCGGAGAUGUGCCCUGCGCCCGGAACCAGCACGGGUGCCCGCUCUUGAUUGACAGUGAGGAGGCGGGGGAGUACACAUGCAGGUCAGAGGAGAGAGGCUACAGCCGCGUGCUGGCUCGCUAUGUCGUCACUGGCGGUGCCGCGUCAGCGGGAUGCUCUACCGGGCUGCUAAUUUGGGUCUGUGCGCUCACCGCUGUCACUUGCACAAGAUGGACCUGAACUGCGUUUUUGUCUUUCGAUUAUUUAUUGUCACAUCACUGUGUCAUAAAAAUUAGGUACAGUGCAUCUGGAAAGUAUUCACAGCCCUUUCCUUUUCUACAUUUUGUCAUGUUCCAUACAUCCGUUUUCUUUGUCGCUUAUCCUCACAAGGGUCACGGGAGUGCUGGAGCCCACGGGCAGCCUAACGGGCAGGAGGCAGGGCACAUCCUGAACUGGUUGCCAGUCAACCGCAGCAUUUUAUAAUUUUAUUCAGCACUUUAAUAUUUUAUUCCCCCUCAAAGUUUUUAAAAAAACAUGCACCUUAAAGGUCAAGUGUGGUCAUACAGAUGAUUUUUGGUAUAUUAUGAAUGAAAAAUCCACAGACAAUAUGGUCCCAUGUGCUUUUUCACCAGAAAACAUGAUUUUGACGUAUACAGCUUUUUGUAACUCCCGCCAUGAAAAUCCUCUCGAGGGAUUUCUUUCGAGAAGAAGCAGGAAGUGACGUACAGGACAGAGGCGCCCCCUAGUGGAGUCUUUCGUUUCCAUUCGUUUUACCUCCGGGAAGGUAGCUCGUUGUUCCUUCGUGUUAGCCAAAAUGCCGGCUCAUUGCAUUGCUGGACAUUGCUUGAACACUCGGGAGAAUGGAAUUACCCUUCAUAAGUUUGAAAGAGACCCUGUUCGUUGUGAAAAAUGGAUUGCAAGGGUCCAGAGGAUGAGAGCUUCGUGGGUUCCAAAUAACAGGUUGGUGUGUAUACAGCUCCAAAAAAAAAAAAAGUUUGGGGCGGACCACGUAAUCGGUCUCUCUCAGAAUGUAGCAAACGAUCCGCGUAUGAAAUGUGUUGAUCUGCGCAUACAGCUACUAAAAAAAAUAAUAGUUUGGGGCGGACCACGUAAUCGGUCUCUCUCAUAACAUAACAAAAGAUCCACGUAUGAAAUGUGUCGAUGUGCGCGUCGCCCUGCCAACAAUGUCUCGAUACCCCUAAAAGCAUUUUAGCUGGGCUCCACCUCCUCCUUUAUAUCCCACUACGGGCUCCGAAACUCAACCAGACCGGCUGAGGCGCCGCGCUCGGCGGUCACAGCUUCUGCGAAGGCUGGGAGUCGGGCUUUGCGACGGGGCGGCUCUGAAGAACCCAGCCGAGAAUGCCUUACUCAGUCCCGCUCGACUGUGACAAAAGCAGCACCGGCCGGCUGCGAUGAGCUGCGAUGGCUCAUCUCCGCCGCAGGAGUGGAUCAGACGGGAUGCGGUUUGGCCGUGAUCGGAUAUCAUCUGAAUAUGGCUCGAAACAAUACUGUAAUAUUGCCCUGAGGGCUCGAAACAAUAGUGUAAUAUUGCCCCGGUAACUUCACUCGGUUGUGUGGUGUCCUUUUCGAAAAGAGCUUCGGUGUCAGAAGGGGCGUCGGAAAAAUGCGAAUAUCUCUGUUGUUCGGCUUCCGUAGUAGCAGGCACUGCGCGUUUUCAACGGCGGAAGUGACGAUGACGUCAAGGACAGAGGACACGACUAAUAUGGCGACCACUUGGAUGUCGAGGGACACUCAAUUGCGCAACUUUGUGCAUGGAUGACGCACUCUCCGCUCACUUUUCUUUUCGUAUAGACAUUGAAGUGAAUAAUGUUAUAUGUAUUUUUCAUUACAAUAUCUAUUUUAGAAUGUUUAUAGGGAUGGCACACGGGCUUUAAGUUCACAUGUACAGUCCAUGCUCCAAAGUCUGUAACAUCCAGUAGCUAAACUUAGCUUGUGUAUUUGCAUUUUUUAUCAUUUCAACAAACUUCCUGGCCAAUAAUUACUGUUCUGUAUUAUGUAUUUACACAAGGCUUUGGCGGGUUCUCGUGACGUCUUUUGUGGCGUUUCAAAAUGGCAAGUUGACAAAUAGCUAGGUAGGGAUGGCUUCCACAGAAAAUAAAUAGAAUAGGAAUAUAUAUAAUGAAUUAAGUGUGAAGGGAUUGAUUGUAAGUUCAUCAUCCCUACACACAAUACCCAAAUAUGACAACGUGGAAAAUGUUUCUCCUUUUUAUCGAUUUAUUUUUCAAAAUUAAUGAAGAGGAAUAAGAAAAACCGCUUAUGCACCAAGUGAUACGAUAUGUGCAGAAUUUUGAGGAAUUGAUUAAUCCAUUUAGAGUAAAGGCGUUACAUGAUCAUAUGAAGAAAAAGUGAGCACCUGUUAAUAAAUUAAUGCACUCAAAUUUUGUCAUGGAUUUUUAUAUAAUAUAUUUUUAUUUUAUUUUUAGUUUUUGGCUUUGUUUCUUGUCAUGCUUCUGGCAUCCUGCCCAGACUGGGUGUGGCCAGCCAAUUCGUCGGCACACACCCGCACUUUGUUCCGGCUGAUUACGACCGGUACUUAUAGGACCUGGUGACGACUGGUCCUCCGCCAGAUCGUUGAGGUUCAUGCCCCGUUCCAGCACUCUCGUAUCUCUGAUCGUAUUCCUGUCUACCGACCGCCUGUUCUCCGACCGACCCCGUAAGCCUGACUCCUUUGACACUUUUGCUUUCCUUGAUCGUUCUUCCCGUGUACCGACUCCUGCCUGCCCUCUGACCGGCUCUCUACGCCCGACGUCCCAACUACCAAUGCUGCACCUGACUGCCUGCCCAAUUCCCGACCAUUGAAUAAUAAACGUUUUUCCCGAAUUACCUCUGCGACUCCCAUGUCCUCCUGCAUUUGGGUCCUACCUCUGUUCCGAUGGGUCGUGACAUUUCUUAUCUGUGUUGUAAUUUAACUGAUAAAAUUUCAGCACUGCUUUUGAUUCUUAAAAAAUAUACGAUGAAAAGCAUCUCCGAGAUUAGUCAGAGAUUAGAUGAGAUUAGUUUUUGCUGAAAUAUAAAGCUAUUUUUUAAAUUUAUGUUUAUUUGUUUUAUUCUCAUGUCUGGAAAAAAUAUGUAUGAUUCUCGUGG